GCAUUGACCAUAAACUACAGAACCAUAACAUCAUAUUCACAGGCAUAUAUUCUUUAUCCUCCAUAAAAAAUGACUUACAGUAUAUAACUGAGUCAGUCACUGACAGUGUUUAUAUGACUGUUAUACUGCCUCCCGGUGGCUAAAGCGGGCACACCCAAAUGAACAACACCAUAAAAUACCAUAAAUUAAAAGCAUUUGUGGGAGUGGGAGGCCGGAACAGGCUAUUGGCCUUUCCAUGUUUUUUAUCGGGCAAAAAUGAUUUCAGAUACAAGUGUUGUGAGUUAUGAGUAUGGUCAAAUGACAAUAAAGCUCAUAUCUCAAAGGUGUUUUACAUGGUCUGUACCGUAUAUUGUGGAUUUUUACCUCUGCGUGUGGUUGUGGAAUGUACCCCCCACAUGGUAAACGGGUAGUUGGCUGUAGUGAAUCAAAUAUAAUUAGCCACCCACUGGGCAUCCAUUGGAAUAAAAUGGUUCGAGUCACAAGACAAAAUCUGCCCGGACGCCUGCGAGCGGAGUAGCAACAGAGAAGCCGAUUGGCCUGGAGACGUCGGAGGGCUUAAAUAGCUGUGUAAACACUCUCCCUCCCUCCAACUCCGCAAUCCGCCACCCCUAUCCCUUGAGUAAUUUUAGCCGGGAUGAUGGUGACGACAGUUGUCCUAUUGGAGUUUUCAGAUGCUGGAAUAAAUUUGACAUUAUGAUAUUGAAGCCCCUCCAAAACCACAAAAGCUCCGCCUUCACAGAUGGAGGGAGGAGGAGGUUGUUUACUCUUUUGUUCAAUGACUUGACCUCAACGUGGGGGUGUGACUUUGGGACGAGGGAGGGGGGCUCUUUAAAAUGAGCUUUUCGUAACACGAGAGAGGAAAAACAAGGGGACUGAGGCUGCAGAGUGGCACUGCUUGGAGGAAAGCGGGGGUGACUCUGGACCAGGGACUGGACCCGAUUGGGGGAUUUACUAGAGUGCAGGGAGACUAGAGCUUUUGGUUUGGCACCUGGAACAAGACGGGGAAGUGAAUCGUAAGUCAUUAUUUGGAGAGAGAAAAAAAGAAGAAGAAGAGGCCCACAUCAUGGCGGCCAUUGAUCUGGAGCGCGGGCUGGCACAUGGCGGGCGAGGUUGGGGCAAAGAGAGGCGCGACGUGGUGGACAACUUUGACUCUGAGAUGCAAGAGUGGGAAGACCAGCUGCAGGACAUUCAGAGGAAAAUAGAAGAGCUGUACAAUGAAGUCCAGGCACGUAGGGGAGGGAACAGCGUCACCCCGGACAACCACCAUAACAUCAUCGACGGCCCCGGGAACCUCGGCGACGGCAUUUUUACACCCGCCCAUCAAAGCAACCGUCACCGCAGCGACGGGCGCAGCUACCCCGCAGGCCACCAGAACGGCGUUUCGGAGAUCGGUGACUUACUGCAGGACUACCUGGGCCACGGGAAGCACGCGAAUCGAAAGAAUAAUGGCGCUCGCCACGUGCACUUCAGCGACACUAUUCGAGUGAGUCAGGAUUUCCCCGUGUACCAAGACGAGAGCGGAAGAAGAGCAGCGAGUCAAAGAGCGGGACAUGAGCAAUUUUUGGGAAGUUUCGAGGAGCUGGAAAAUCGGAAGAACCGAUCGGCUCAUGCGAAGGGUUGCCCCGACCAGGAAAACACAGUUGCUAAGCCCCCCCUCAGACAGAAGGAAGCCUCAUCACCACGCUCCACCGCCCAGCUCGUCACAGCGGAGUCGCCAACGACAGACAGAAAGUCCUACGGGCCCGGCGUGCUGGGUGACAGGAAGUGCGGCAGCCCCUCCGUCCUCAGGAAGUUUGGAGCCAUGCUCCAGGAGAAUGAAGGCAAGACGCUCACCGACGCGGGCGUGGUCACGUCGGAGGUCAAGUGCCUCAGUCCCGUGUGCCAGCGCAAGACUGCUGCGGCCGCACCUGGUAAGACCCCUCUCCAAAAAUGCACUUCCGAAGUGGAACGCGGGGGAUCAGAAUCCUCCAGACGUCAGCACAAAGAUCUGCGAGGAGGAUCUCAGACCACGGCCCAGGUUCUCGGGAGCCCAAGGACCAGGUCCAGGUCCAACAGUGCGGCCGACAGGGACAAAUUGAGGAAACCCGCGUCUCAGCAUUGGGAACCCAAUGUGGACGGCAGGAUCCAGGGGGUCAGGCCUGGGGGUCAGCCGGAGUUGACUCUCUGCGGGAGAGAUGACGGACUCAUCGAGUUGCUGGACAUGCUGGAGAUCCAACACGAGUACACUUCCAGAACUGGAUACACGACCUACAAAACCACUUCGCAGCAGGUAAACGCAUCUCAGUGGCCCCCCGAACCCAAGACGACUUUCUCCCGUCCCGCCCGGCCGGCCAACCAACGUCCACCUUCCAGAUGGGCGAGCAGAACAGAGAGCGUAGUAAUCGCCGCCCCGUCGGGCCCCAACUACCGGCCCCCGAGCCCUCUCGUCCGCCCUCCUACCCCCAAGACCAGAACCCCGAGCCCGGCCCUCAAGCACCGCCCGGCCGUUUGCUACCCGCGCCCCGCCGAGACAGUCAUCAUGUGAUAGCGUUACUUUUUCAGAGACUUUCCAUCCAUGCCACAUUCUGUGUAAAUAUUCAGGACGAUGCGAUGAUGGCUCUGAAGCUCAUCGAAACUACGGAAAGCCGUUUGGGAAUUAAUUCAAUAGUCUCCAUACCUAGCUUAUGGUCUAGGUACGAGUACAUGCGCCUUAAACUGGAAAUGAAAUGCAACAAAUAACUGCGUGAGCGGGUUUCCAUAUUUGAGUGACAUCCAACAUUCUCCAUCGUUUGUCAACAUGUUAGCAUUUUGCUUAGCUGCCGAUCCCCUUUUUGAAUCAACUUUCCUGAGCUUUUUUUUUGUUUUGUUUGUUUUUUUAUGGCAUUUCUUUCAUUUCUAUUUAUGUACUUGCCGAUAUUGUAUGCAGCCCAAAGUUCAAGGGCGGCAAUGUGCUGUGAACAUAACAAGAGUGACUUCCGAUUUUAUGUUGUCAAAGUAUACAUAUAUCGUAUUUAAUAUGUCCGAACUACCCAUGUGAUGAAUGACUAUGGUAUGCCUUCAUGUAUUUUUUUUUCCCUUGUUAAUAAACACAAUCGUGAUUUAA